AGGUGCUCGUGACGGCCGCCGCGCCACGGGGGCGGACGAGAUAUAAUUCGUCGUUUGUUGUCCUGUUGUCGCUUUCCUUUAUUUCGUCUGCGGUUAACUGCGCGCGGUUUUGCGAUUAAGACGGCUUCUUCGGCCGCCGUCGCGAAGUCGCGGCGAAGUUUUCGCCCGAAGAAAUUUCAUUAACGCGGAAAGUUUCUGGACACUCCGCGCUACCCCGAGCCUAACCGGCAAGAGACUGUCGUUGUCGUUGUCGCAUUUUUGUCCAUUGGCGUUCCGUGCGCCUGCCAAUGCGGAUGGAUAACAAGAUUCCGGCCUGCUGGCGAACGCGCGCUCUUCCGCCGUGGAAAAAUCUCGUGAAAGGUUGCUGAUCAAUUCUGAAAAUAUUAUGUGUUGUUGAACUGAAGAGUAAUACAUCGCGCGAGAACACACACAUCACAAGCAAUGCGAUGCGACGCGAGGCGACGCGACGCGACACGACCACGAGGCGCCGGGAUGCAGGGUACGACGACACGGAUCGAAGCGAACGCGUCGUCGGUCGGAUUUAUUACUGGCUGCGGUUGUCUACGGCGAGACAUUGCGCUCACUGCAGAAAUCUCUGCUAAAAAUUUCACAGAGACAGACACCGUGCCGCGUCGGAGGAAGGGCGCAGUCGACUCGGCAGACCGACGUUACUGGCCGUUUGAGGAACGACUUUCGGAAUCGACUUUCCUGCCGGAGCGAAGAGAAGUUUGGCAAUUUCCUUGGGCUAAUCUGCUGGUCGGUCAGCAUUGAGAUGCUGCGGGGGUUACUAUCGCAGGGAGACCGGACGAAGAGAGAGGAACGAGAGAGGCGUAGCAGCACGGUCGGGGUUGAUCCAUCGACCACGAGCGCCGAGCGGUCCCAUGAAUUAUACAAGCGGCUCUCUAUUGCUCUCUCAUCUGGCGUCUCUUUCUCAGAGAUAUCCCCCGUGGUGCCGACGAGAGGUACGACGAGGACGAGCAAGUGGGAGCUGAAACUCUCCUCUCUUUACUGAAGAAAAGAGACGGGGACGGAGGAGGGAGAGAUGCAGACGCGUGCCAGAGUGAGCUUACACGUCACCACGGCUGUCUUGACGUAGCAACGAGUGACCGUCCAAUAAAGAAUGACAAUUAAAGCUUGACAUGGGCGGCGACACUUUUUCUUUCAUUAUCCACAUCGCUCGUCGGUGGCGCACACGACUGAGAGAAGUCGCAGACAGAAUCCCUAGAUUGAUGAGUUUCGGCCGUUUGGAAUGACUUCUACAGAUAUUAGUUCGCUUUGCGUGAAACUUGCCAGAAUAAAAGUUCUGAAUGUAAGUCCUGUUUUUUUGUAGUUAUUUUUUUUCUAUCCUGUCUGAUUUAUCCGAAUGAUGGUGUCGCUUAUCGCGUAAAGAAAUAUAUUUAACGAUUUUAAUUUUUUAAUCUUAAUUAUUUAUGAAUAUCAUUUUAAUAAUGCUGAAAAAAAAAAAAAA